UCCGCAAGCCCGCCCUGCAGGGAUCUUCGAAAGAUACCUCAGUAUACACUGCCCGCAGUUAAGAAACCACGACCUGAAAUAUUGUUUUGAAGAGGUGAAAAUGCCUCCACUCAAGUGGCCCAGGAGCGUGAUCCAGGAAGACGAACACACAGAACCAUCUUCUGCAUUGUUUGAAAAUUCAGUGGAAACUAGUGUGGGGAAAGCAGUCAAGCCCGCGCGGAGCGAUUGUGAGGGGCUCUGCUGGAAUUUGGCAGCGCGGAGGCUUGGAGAGAAGCCCCAUGCUGGCUCCCAUUCAGCCGGCCCGUUUUCCUCGAGCUUUGGAAGUUUCACUCAGCCGUGCACUCAAUGGCUUCACAAAGCUGAUUACAAGCUUCAGCGCAUUCCUGAAGGAGCCAAAAGCGACGCAGGUGCAAACGAGCCGAGGGAGCCCCUUAUCCCGGUGACAGAAUGGGACAAGCUGGGAAAGGCUUGGACCACACAAAUCCAAGGCUCACCAGGCAGCAGAAAGCCUGCCUUGGGAACCGGGGGUCAUUAUCCGCCCUAUUCAGCGGGGCCCGGGGACCCUGGGGGCCCAGCGAGGCCAGCCCGGGCGGGAGCACCGCCGCCAGCGCGCGCCAGCGACAGGGGGAACCCCGCUGGGAGCUGCGGCCAGGCCGGGGCUCAGGGCGCUGGGCUGUGCGUUUGCACAAAUCUGUGUUCUGACGGGCCGGUGUCAACCCUAGUGGGGACACGGGAGAAAGAGCACGCCAGUAGGCCACGCGGCGCGUGGGCAGUGCGCAACUUCUGUCGGCGUCCAGGCCGCACGGCCACGUCUCAGCCGGUGCCCCCAGGCCAUGGACACCCAGCUCCGGGGUCGCUCUGCGCCCUUUCUCCCCAGCCCACCUUUCCCAUUGGUCCCCUCUCCUGUCCGCGUGGCAGCGCGGCCCCGCAGGGAGCGACCCCGGGAGGGACAGUGACCGCACGCGUGGAGUGGGGAUGGUGGGGCAUGGGGCCGUCGUCUAAGAGCGUUCGCAUGGCCCAGGACGCUUUCGCUGCGAGUUUGGGGUCGAGGGGCUGUUCCCUCCCGGAGUCAUUAACUGCGUCUCCUCAUGCUCAGGGACCGGAAACUUAGGGCUGCGGGCGCCAUAAAGAAAAGGGCAGCGCCUCGCGGAGAGCGCGGGGGAAGAGGGACUGAGGCAGCGGGACGCGGGGGCGGGAGGGGCGCAGCGGGGAGCCAGAGCGCAGCGGAGGGGAGCGCUGGGGGGCGGGGAGCACUCGGGCAGCCACCCUGUCCCCGUCGGGAGCCCCGCGCUGCGUCUAGGAGGGCGCAACACGCAGUCCCCGCGGGGGCCGGAGCUCGAGCCCCCUAGUGCAUGCCCCCUCUCCUCGCGCCCUUCAGAGGCCUCGGCCCUGCCUGCCGUGCCCUGGGCCUGGUUGUGCCCGGGGGUCCCCGCGGGCAGGGCGCGGGCAGGCAGGGCGCGCGCGCCGACGCGCUUUUGUCUGAUAACUAAUUUGAGUUAAUGCGAUCUUUAUGUAAAGCUAACAGCGGAUAAUUGUCUAUUUUCUCGCCAACAGUCUCCAUCACAAUCACUUAUCUGGAAACCUGCGGUUGGAUUAAUCGUUAUAUUCCCGAGAUGAGCGUCGCUGCAAUCCGCAGCGAACGCGGGUGGGGACCUGGAGACGCCUCCCGGGCGCUGGCGGGGCCGGAGCGUGCCAGCUCCGCUACCGCCUGAGACGCGGUGUGCCCAGGUGUUGGUGCCCGCGGGCGAGGGCUGUGGGGCGCCUUCCCCAGGACUUGCUUGACUUGCUUUUCUCUCGAGUGGGUGGUGCGCGGG